CCGAGCGGCUCUCCCACGCUUUGCCGGAAGUUCUCGCAACGUUUCCGGCAGAGCUUUUAAAAACCUGCCUUGAGGCCGGGGAUCCGAAUUCCCGGUAUAGCUUUGCUGUUGUUUCGGUCACGGUGGGCGAUCGGCCAGGAUGCGGAGUGGGUUCCUGAGAGGUGCCCGACGCCUGUGGGCUCUCCGCGGCCUCAGCCGCACUGCGCCGCCGUCCGAGGAGCUCUUUGCCCGGGAAGGGCCCCUAAGGGCCUUCCUGGAUCGCCGGGCAGGCUCGGGGGCCGGGGGUCUGGACGCCGGGGGGAAUCAGCUGGCGGCGGCCGCCCGGCUGCUCAGCGAGAAGGAGCGGGAGUUGCGGGACACCGAGUCCCUGCUGCAUGAUGAGAAUGAAGAUUUAAAGAAACUUGCAGAGAGUGAAAUAGCUGUGUGUCAAAAAGAAAUAACUCAGCUGAAGCAUCAGAUCAUCUCACUUUUGGUUCCUUCAGAAGAAACAGAUGAGAGUGACUUGAUCCUGGAGGUGACUGCGGGUGUGGGUGGUCAGGAAGCCAUGCUUUUCACUUCUGAGAUGUUUGACAUGUACCAGCAGUAUGCUGCAUUUAGAAGAUGGCAUUUCGAAACACUGGAAUAUUUCCCAAGUGAACUAGGCGGCCUGAGGCAUGCGUCAGCCAGCAUUGGAGGUCUGGAAGCUUAUAAACUCAUGAAAUUUGAAGGAGGCGUGCACAGAGUCCAGAGAGUGCCGAAGACAGAGAGGCAAGGCCGCAUCCACACCAGCACCAUGACGGUGGCGAUUCUGCCCCAGCCGACCGAGAUUAAACUGGUGAUUAAUCCUAAAGAUUUGAGAAUUGACACUAAGAGAGCAAGUGGAGCUGGAGGCCAGCAUGUAAACACCACAGACAGUGCCGUUCGGAUCGUUCACCUUCCUACAGGUGUCGUUUCUGAAUGCCAGCAAGAGAGAUCUCAGCUGAAGAACAGGGAGCUGGCUAUGAAAAAGUUACGUGCAAGGCUGUACAGCAUGCAUCUAGAGGAAGAAACUACUAAAAGAUACAACGCUAGAAAGAUCCAGGUUGGAACUAAAGGAAGAUCAGAGAAAAUAAGGACAUACAACUUUCCACAGAACAGGGUCACAGACCACAGAAUAAACAAGUCACUACAUGACCUUGAGAGCUUCAUGCAAGGAGACUGUCUACUGGAUGACAUGAUCCAGUCACUGAAGGACUAUGCGGAUUAUGAGUCUCUAGUGGAAAUGAUUUCCAGAAAAGACUAAGUGCUCCAUAAAGCUUUUUCUACAUAGACUAGGAAAACCUUCCAGCAAAUCCACUGUGUGCAAAGACUUUUUUCUUUUCUUUUAGUUUUUCUCUGUAUUGUUUUGGAGGCUGUCCUGGAACUCACUCUGUAGACCAGGCUGGCCUCGAACUCAGAGAGAUCUGCCUGCCUCUGCCUCCCGAGUGCUGGGAUUAAAGGCGUGCGCCACCAAUGCCUGGCAUGUGCAAAGACUUAACUGGUAUUCUCUUGGGGAAUAGAAGUUAACAGUUCCUGGACUCUUCUCUAUAAAAAAUUAGACACAAAGGAAGACGGUUGUUCUUAUGCAAAAUAUUUAAUAGGUGAUCAAAAGUUUCAAAUACUAAGCAGAAAUAUUUAUGUUAAUGUGCUGUAAAGAGAAUCUGACAGUGGAAUUAGCAAGUGAUAAGCUAGAUACAGUAGGACUGAGAGAAUGGCCUACAGGAAGUUUUUAGUGAAAGCACACCCUUACAAGGUGCCCCCUUCCACACGAUAGAGUCAGGCCUGUUGUAGGGCAUAGCAUAGCCCACUCAAUGAUGGAGGAGUUCCUGGGUUCCCUGCAGCUGGUAGCAUGGGCCUUUCCUCAAACCCAUGGGGCAUGAUAAGCAAAAAGCCUCCUGUUAAAGUGUGAACAAAAUUUACUGGAUAAUAAGCCUUGGCAGGCUUCUUUAUCAGUUCCCCAGAGAAGCAGAACCUAUAGGAUGUGUCCACACAGAUUGACUACAGGAUGGUCCCACAGAGAGUACUGUGUGUCCAAGAUCUUCCCUGUGGGUGGAGACCAAGGAGAGCUGAGGGUUCACUUCACUUCAAAGGGAGUUUGCUGGGGAAUUCCCUCUUGUUUGGAGGAAGCUGGGCUUCAGCCUGGUUGGGUAAACAUGCUAGCAUAAAGGGCAAUCUAGAUCAACUGAUAGUUCACUUAUUUAACCCUGAGAGCCUCGAAUGUAAAGCAUAAGUUAAUUAAAAAAAAAAAAAAGAAAAAAUGGGUGGACGGGGAGAAAGCUUAGAAAACUUGGGGGGGGGCAUAAAAUGAGGGAAACAAAGCCAGAAAAAUUACUAGAAAAAUGGGAGAACCAGAUUUUUUUUAAUUAUGUCACUUCUAAAAGAUGUCUAGAAAAAACAAAACUCCUAUAUUUUAGCGAAGUAACUUUCCAUGUUUAUGAAAUUGAAAUUAUGGUGUCCAAGGGUACCCUUAGAGGCUGUUCUGUGGAAGAAAUGAAAGGUCCUGGCUGUCCUGUUUACGGUGUUUCUCCUCCACCUACCUCUGACAGGCUUCUUCACUAUUAGCAGCAAGAAAGGCACAGGCUGCAGUAGUCAGCCCCCACCAAAACCCAGGUGUUGUCAGUGAGUUAAUAUUAAGUAUGUCAGCCUCGUAACUAAGGUUUUAAGUUCUUCCUAGUGGGGCUAAAGUCUUUUAACUGUCACACACCCAGAGCCACUGCCCAUUUUGAAUUGUUUUCACUCAUUUAGGGUCUGAAAUAAAUUGCAAACAUUUCACUCUCA